CUAUCUUACUGCCGCAGCGUUGACAGACACAAACAUCAUCAUCCGUUUGGCCAUGCUAUCGCUCAUAUACAGCUAUCUAUAGCAUUUUGUACGUACAAAGUACCUUAUUUCAGAAAUAUGAGCUCGAUAGGCCGCGGCUCGGAAGCUGACUCUCAGCUGCUGGAUCACGACUCUCCACAGCUUGAGAGCAUUAGAGGCUCAACUUAUCUUACGGAGCAGCCACCAGUGCCCCUUAACGAUCCUUACUAUCAUGACACAAAUGGGCUGGUGGAUGGAGAUGUGAUUACAGAGGCAGAUGAAGCUGAUAUCGAAGACGGAGAGCCCAAUAUUCCGUUUAUUUUCCUUCUCACCAUUCUCGUAUCAUUCUCCGGAUUUCUGUUUGGAUACGAUACCGGGUACAUUUCCGACGCGUUAAUUGCCACAGGAACCGACUUGGGUCAUGAGAUUACACCUCGGGACAAAGAGCUGAUUACGUCUGCUACAUCUUUUGGCGCGUUUUUGGGUGCUAUCAUUGCAGGAACGCUUGCAGAUAUCUUAGGCCGGAAAUGGGUGACCCUGGGUGCCAACAUCCUCUUCAUCUUGGGCGCGUUGGUUCAAGCGGCUUCACAUUCGGUUGAGGCUAUGAUUGAGGGCCGUUUUAUAAUGGGUUGGGGAGUUGGUAUUGCCUCAUUGGUCGCGCCUCUAUAUAUUUCGGAAAUGGCACCGGGUCGCUAUCGGGGUAGAUUGGUCAUCAUCAAUCUGAUAGCCGUUACCGGAGGUCAGGUUAUUGCUUAUAUUCUUGGUGCGGUUCUUGGACAUCAGUGGAGAGUAUUGGUUGGGCUCGGAUGUUUUCCAGCGCUUGUUCAACUGAUUGUUUUCAUAUUCAUGCCGGAAACGCCGCGAUUCCUUAUCCGCUCAAACAAAAUCGAGAAGGCAAAGAAGGUGAUUAGAUCGAUUUACUCUGGCCGAGCAGGUCCUGUUGAGGAACAUUUGGUGGACAAAAAAGUUAAGCUUUUGUUGGAGUUCAAUCACGAAGAGCACGGUGAUAUUUCCCGGGUUCAAAGACUUGGAGUUGAGCUCCGAGAGAUUUUUGGUAUCCCGGCAUAUUUCCGUUCGUUGCUAAUCGCCUGCGGCCUUCAAGCGAUUCAGCAAGUGUGUGGAUUCAACUCGAUGAUGUACUUCUCUGCGACUUUGUUUGAGAUGGUCGGCUUCAAAGAUCCCGCUUUAGUGGCUUUAAUUAUAGCUAGCACAAAUAUGCUUUUUACAGUGGUUGCGUUCAACCUGAUCGAUAAAGUGGGAAGACGCCGCAUAUUGCUCUAUACACUCUGGGUUAUGGCAAUUAUGCUCGUCUUUACAGGAAUUGCAAUUUCGCAUGUUCUUGCUGAUAUUGCAGCUGAUCCUGAUUCACCGAGCCCGUGGGCCAAGAUUGUGAUUGUCACUAUGAUUGGCUAUGUGGCGUUCUAUGCGAUCGGAAUCGGCAACGUACCAUGGCAGCAGUCUGAGCUCUUCCCCAUGUCUGUCCGUGGAGUUGGGACAUCGAUGGCCACUGCUACGAACUGGGGUCUGAAUCUAAUAGUCAGUGGAACAUUUUUGACACUAAUGCAGAAGAUCAAGCCUGGUGGCACGUUUGUCUUGUAUGCAAUCAUGUGCUUGACUGGAGAAGCACUGGUCUACUUUUUCUAUCCAGAGACGUCGUAUUUGACCUUGGAGGACAUCCAAGGACUGUUUCAGGAUGGGUUUGGAGUCGAGCGAAGCAUUGCAUUGAGCGGAGAGGCCAAGAGACGGUACUACAUGAGUCUUGCUCACCCGGAUGAGCCGGAGUCAUUGUGAGGCGGGAUAAUAGUUUUGUACUUGUAUAGCAUCCGAGGUUGAUAGUGGGGUUUUUGGAGGGGUUUGCAUAAUGAUGAUAAUGGUGAUGAUAAAUCUUAUAAGUAUGCUGCAUAUGCUGAGCUAUGACAGACUUGGGAUGAUGAUAAAUCGCUACUCGCAGUCCAUAUAACAGCAAGUCUGCGCAUUCCAUGUGAAUGACGUGGAGUUCGGCUGCAAUCAGGAUAGUCGGCUACGGUGCGAAAGACGGAGGCUCUCGGACCGACUCCGCAAACAAAGCAAUUGUUUCUGGGCUCGGAAGAUCGGAGGACGGAGCGAAGCAGUGAACC